GGAGAGGCUUAGAUCAGGAAAGAGAAGAAGGAUGGUCACAGUAAAUAGAGCCGGGUAAAGCAUGAAGCUGUACUGCUUGUCCGGGCAUCCGACUUUACCAUGCAACGUGCUCAAGUUCAAAUCUACCACCAUCAUGUUAGACUGUGGGCUGGAUAUGACCUCCACACUCAACUUUCUCCCCCUGCCGCUGGUCCAGAGCCCCAGGCUAUCCAAACUCCCAGGCUGGGUCUUAAAAGACGGAAGCACUUUCCUAGACAAGGAGCUGAAGGACUGUUCAGGUCACGUAUUUGUGGAUUCCGUUCCUGAGUUUUGUUUGCCAGAGAUGGAACUAAUAGAUCUGUCUACCGUGGACGUGAUCCUGAUUUCCAACUACCACUGCAUGAUGGCCUUGCCCUACAUCACAGAACAUGCCGGAUUCACCGGAACGGUGUACGCCACGGAGCCGACUGUUCAAAUUGGCAGGCUUCUUAUGGAGGAGCUGGUGAAUUUUAUUGAACGGGUGCCGAAGUCUCAGUCUGCCUCCUUGUGGAAGAAUAAGGAAGUGCAAAGGCUGCUGCCUGUCCCGUUAAAAGAUGCCAUUGAAGUGGCAACGUGGAGGAGGUGCUACAGCAUGCAGGAAGUGAACUCAGCGCUCAGCAAGAUCCAGCUGGUUGGGUACUCCCAGAAAAUAGAGCUUUUUGGUGCUGUACAAGUGUCUCCUCUCAGUUCCGGAUAUGUCCUCGGCAGUUCCAAUUGGAUCAUCCAGUCGCAUUACGAGAAGGUUUCCUAUGUCUCGGGAUCCUCGCUCCUUACUACGCAUCCACAGCCCAUGGACCAGGCUUCUCUUAAAAACAGCGACGUUCUCAUCCUGACUGGACUCACCCAGAUUCCCACGGCCAAUCCGGAUGGCAUGGUGGGGGAGUUCUGCAGUAACCUGGCUAUGACAGUUCGGAAUGGGGGGAAUGUGCUGGUUCCCUGCUACCCCUCUGGAGUGAUCUAUGACCUUCUGGAAUGUCUGUACCAGUAUAUCGACUCUGCGGGCCUCUCCAACGUCCCCUUCUACUUCAUCUCCCCUGUCGCCAACAGCUCACUUGAGUUUUCCCAGAUCUUUGCUGAAUGGCUGUGUCAUAACAAGCAGACAAAAGUGUACCUGCCCGAACCACCAUUUCCUCAUGCUGAGCUCAUCCAGACGAACAAGUUGAAACAUUACCCCAGCAUCCACGGAGACUUCAGCAACGACUUCAAGCAGCCUUGCGUGGUGUUCACAGGCCACCCUUCCCUUCGGUUUGGGGAUGUGGUGCACUUCAUGGAGCUGUGGGGGAAAUCCAGCCUCAACACGGUGAUAUUUACAGAGCCUGACUUCUCCUACUUGGAUGCGCUAGGACCUUAUCAGCCCCUGGCGAUGAAGUGUGUUUAUUGUCCCAUAGACACCAGGUUGAAUUUCAUCCAGGUGUCCAAGUUACUCAAGGAAGUACAGCCUCUUCAUGUGGUUUGUCCAGAGCAGUACACCCAACCCCCACCAACCCAGUCCCAUCGCACGGACUUGAUGGUCGAUUGCCUGCCCCCACCCAUGUCCUACCACCGAGCUGAGGUGCUGACCCUUCCGUUCAAACGCCGCUAUGAGAAGAUAGAAAUCACACCAGAGCUUGCGGAUUCGCUGGUGCCCACGGAGAUGAAGCCAGGCAUUUCCCUAGCAACCGUUACUGCUAUUUUGCAUACUAAAGACAACAAGCAUGUGCUGCAGCUGUCACCUCCACCUGGUGACUUGCCUGGCAAGAAGAGGAAGAGGGUGACGGAAGAUGUGCCUGAACUGAGAGCCAUCAAGCCCCUGCUCAGCGGCUCCAUUCCCAUGGACCAGUUGGUCCAGACUCUGGAGAAGCACGGCUUUAGUGACGUCAAGGUAGAAGACACCCCGAAGGGACACAUCGUGCUGUUUCAGGAUGUGGAAACGCUCAUUCGGAUUGAGGAGGAUUCGACCCACAUCAUGUGUGAAAGUGAUGAGGCCCUGAGGGUUAAGCUGCAGGACUUAGUCCUCAAAUUUCUGCAGAAAUUCUGAGCCUCUACGUGCCAGUCCCUCCUCUUGAAAGAGAGGUUUUAAAAACUGCAGGAAUGGAAACUGUCUUUAGUCUGGGCAGGGAGAGCAGAGCUGCUGCUGCCGCCGCCAUGGAAAGACCUCGUACAGCUCGCUUCUCUUCCUCGUGCAAGAAAUCACCAUGCAGUUACCAACUUCUUUACCAGCAAAGGCUUCUGUGUCUCGACACACCCAGGAGUAAUUCAGCUGGUGCCACUGAAGCUACAGUGAUGGCAAAAGUUGCGCCAGUCCGAUUUUGCACUGCCCUGUAAAAGAUGCAGGAGCCUUGACCAGGAAAAUUUGCUUCCCCUUUCUCAGGAGCCCUGCCUCUAUCGGAACAGGAGGAGACCACUUGUCAUUCGUGCCUCCAGCUUGGAGAGAAGACAUGGCUUGCUUUAGUCCGUGCUGCGUUUCUCUUUUUCAUUUCCUUUCAAUUUUCAACCUUUUAAGUGGUGAUUGUUUUGCUUUUUUUAAAAAAAGAAAACAAAAUCCCGGAGGCCCAUUCGUAGCUGAACAAAUA